GAAGUUCCAACAAAUGUACAAGUUACUAGAGAGAGAUAGUACUCUAGAGUUUUUGAGUAUGUAUGUUUGAAUGGGUCAGUCUCUUCACUAUCUCAAUGGGAUUAUAUUACAGGGCGUGGUAGUGAGUGGACACUGACUACUUGCCAUCGAGAAUCAGACUCCUUUAUAAGAGAUCAAGCCACUCAAAAUGGAAAUAGAAAGCUCUGCGCUUGAAAUGAGGUUUCGCUUUCCACAAUAGCCAAAGGCUGACCAAGAGUGUAGCUCAAAACCAAAAGAAGCCCAGAACUGUGUAUGAAAGUAUCUUGAUCUGGAUUGUCAAGGCAUUACCAGGAGCCUGACACAUUUCCAACCUGCUCUCUCUGUCAUUUUAGGGGAGAAAUGACCAACAGCAGCAGGGAAUGUGAUUUUACAGCCGUCGACAGCUUGGCAAAGACUCUGCAGCUGGGGAUUUCCAUCCCCACCUUCAUUCUUGGGCUGGUUCUCAAUGCCCUGGCCCUCUCUGUGUUCUGCUGCUUUUGGAAGAAACAGACCAAAACCUCAGUUUACAUGAUCAAUCUCGCACUUGCGGAUGUCCUGCUGCUUCUGUCGCUCCCACUGAAGUUGUACUACUCUGUCACAGAAGCACCUGGGCUCCUGUGCUCGUUCAUACAGGCUCUUUACUUCGUCAACACGUAUGUCAGCAUCUUCAUCAUUGUCUGCAUCACUGUUGACAGAUACAUCUGCAUAAGGCAUCCCUUUGAAGGUCGAGCUAACCAAUCCCCCACGUGGGCUGUCUUGAUUUGCUGUGUUGUCUGGGCAGUAGCUUGGAUUUGCAGCAGCCCAAUGUAUGUGUUUCACAAGAAAGAUCCUUUCACGUGCUUUCACAACAUGUCAGAAAAGGCGUGGAGCGUCCCACUCAUUGUUUCUGUGGAAAUAUUUGGAUUUUUGAUCCCACUUGCAGUGAUGGUUUUCUGCUCUGCUCAAAACAUCUGGAUUCUUCUGAAUCACAAAAGCCAAGCCAAAAAGAAGGUAGAAGGCAGUGGCUCCCUGCGAGUAAUUAUCGUCAACCUUGUGGUGUUUUUGGUGUGCUUCACACCUGUUCACCUGGCGAUCUGCCUCCAGUGCCUGGUGAGGCAGCACGUGAUAGUGGACUGCAGCCUGAAACAAACCAUCAGCCUCUUCAUUCAAGUGUCUAUGAUAUUUGCCAACCUGAACUGCUGCCUGGAUGCCAUCUUCUACUAUUUUGCUGCAAAAGAAUUUCGUGAGAAAACACACCUGAAAAAAGCUAUUGAGGCAUGUCGUGUCUUUAAGCCUUGUGCCACGUGA